AUUUGAGAUCAUUUCAUGGACUUUCUGAAUGUGUUUGUUUCAGGUGCAGCACCGCAGCUAGCUUCACAUCUCCCUGGGUCAAUAAAACACUGAAUCACCUGCUCUCCUCUCCCUGAAACACAACACAGUACAUGCAAAAUAAAGCCCAAGUGGAUCAAUACACCCCUGGAAGUCCCUCGUGUCCAAACUUGCAGUGAGUCUGUCACUGGUUUAAUAGCACCCAGGACGAGGAUGUGUUUGGAGCUCCUCCUCUCGCAGAUGGGCUUCAGCAUUGCCCCUAUAGGGCUGAAGUCAGGGGAUUGCCAGCACAGUAGCAGGACAGAGAGCAGCGACAGAGAGCAGGAGACUAGAUGACAACAGGCAUGCACUCUCUGCACCAUCAAACAAGAACAGGUAAUGAGGGCCCAGGGAAUCAUCCUUGGCGUCUUGCCUGUCUGUUAGGCAUGCUGUCCUGUCUGGGCUCAGUCUCCCCCAUUCAUGUGGCUCCUGUGAUGACAGGCCUCCGCUCCGCGUUCUCGGCCACGCGGACGAACAGUGUCCCGGGCGGUGGCCAAAAGGCAGUGACCUUCAACAGGCUCCUGGUCAACAUGGGGGACGACUUCAACGCUGACACGGGCCACUUCCGCUGCCGCAUUCCCGGCGCCUACUACUUUUCCUACACUGUGGGGAAGUUCCCAAAGAAAAUGCUGUCCGUCAUUCUGGUGAAGAACGGCCAAGAGGUUCAGGCCAUUGCCUAUGACGACCACCGCCAAAAGGGAAGGAAAGUCCAGAGUCAGAGUGUGAUGAUCAGCCUGAGGGCUAUGGACACUGUGUGGUUAAUGCUUCAGGGGAGCCCCCAGUAUGCCCUCUACAGCAAUGCUGGGCCCUACAUCACCUUCACUGGAUACCUGGUGUACCCCGACACCUCCACUGCCAGCUACGUCAACAACCACCUGGCCCCCCCGGGGCUGCCCCACCCUGACUGCCCCCCUCCUGGGGAGCAGCGCUACAGCUGGGCUGGAGGGGAUGUCCCAAAGGAGCCUCGCUCGGCUUUCUCGGUGGCCCGGACGUCCCCGCUACUGGGGGAGAGCAGUGGUCCACAGCAGAAGAAGGAGCCUCUGACCUUUGACGUGGAGUACGUAAACAUCGGGGGCCACUUCAACAAGACUACAGGGCGUUUCAACUGCCAGUUCCCCGGGGCCUACUACUUUGCCUUCACGGUGGGCAAGCACCCUCACAGGGCCGUGUCGGUGAAGCUGAUGAAGGGCUAUGGGGAGGUCCAGGCCAUGGUGUUCAACGAGGACAUGUCGAGGAGGAGGGAGAUGCAGAGCCAGAGUCUGCUGCUGUCCCUGCGUCAGGGUGACAGUGUGUGGCUCUACAGCCAGCAGGAUGACCGCUAUGCCGUCUACAGCAACCAGGGACGCUACAUCACCUUCUCUGGCUUCCUGGUCUACCCAGAAGCAAAUCCCUCUGUGCCCAGUCCGGACAGAACGAACUUCUGAGGAUCCGAACAACUAUAGCACACAGGCUGGCCUCUUCAAUAAAUGGUGCUAUGAUCCAAAAACCAAAAAGUUAACUAUGUAAGCCAUACAUCUCAUUUACACAUCGCUAUUGUCAAAACAUAUCCUGUAUGCUGCAUGCACAGAAUGAAUACCUGUAAGUGUUAUAUUACUCCACAAGAUGGAGCUGUGCCUUUGUUUGUCGUUACAUACACAGUAUAAUCCCCCCCCCCCCCCCAAAAGGAAAUGUGUCGAAGCUCCAUUUACUAUGAGACAUUUUUCUGUAGUAGUGCUUUAACCAAGUCUGUAUUGUUGGAGGUGUUAACCAAAUAUUUUUCAGGAUUGGUGUUGGUUCACUGAAUGUUAUGGAUGUUAAGUAGUUUUGUUUUAUAACCUAUUUUAUAUGUUUAUAGACAAAUUUUGAGCCACACUGUUCAUGAUGAUGAUGAUCAUUUAUUGAGUACUGGCAAUAAACAUUGUCAUUUGUAGUUUAUCUCACAAGACCAUAUAAUUUCUCUCCUUGUGAAAAGAAUGAUAAUAUGUCAUAGAACAGGCACAGGAUUAUUACCAUAGACUAGAGACUGUUGUAUAUACUGUAUAUGAUUUGAAUAAAUAAAAAAAAAGUAUUAUAUAAAGAUGACUAAGAAUAUAAUUUUAGAUGGCACAGUGUGUUUAACUGUUUGAUGAAUAAAAAGAAGAAUUAAAAGAAUAAAAAGAUAAAU